AUUUUUUUUCGUACACAAACAAAUUGCCAAAUGUGAACCUGUUUUAUCAUUAUGACAGAAAUAUCAUUAUAGUCACAGAUAAAGUGAACAUAAAUAUCGCGAUUUUACGUGGGAUACUGAAAUGCCAAAGGAGGCUCUUGAUGAAAUCUCGGUUUUAUCAGCCAUCUACUGCGAACAGGAUGAAUUCGAGCUUCUCGAAGAGUCUGCAGAGACCGGACUUGUGUACCGUAUAAAUACACUGACAGAGAGAAACAACGAGAAAACUCCCCUGAGUCUUAUUUUCCACAUCCCUCCCGACUACCCCAACAAUCCUCCAGAUAUCAGUAUCAGCUCCAGCCAUCUCUCGAGGAAACAGUGCCGUGACCUGAGAAACAGUUUACUGGACACAGCCCGCUCACUUCCAGCAGAGCCAAUGGUCCAUGACUUAAUACUGUGGCUUCAGGAAAACUUCUCUGACUUAAUCAACACAGCAGGCUGUCAUUCAGCUGAGAUCAGACCAGAACUUGAAGAUGAAUCUUGGAUGGCUUUACUUCUUAUAGAUCACAUGAGAUCCAAAGCAAAAUACAUUAAACUGAUUGAAAAAUGGACCUCAGAAUUGUGUCUCAGUGGUAGACUCUUUAUGGGCAAACUGAUAUUGAUUCUGCUGCAAGGGACAAAGGAAAACAUUAAAGAAUACAUCCACCUUCAGAGGACGGUGAAAGUUGACGUUGAUUCAUCUGGGAAACGCUGUAAAGAGAAAAUGAUGAGUGUCCUUUGUGAGAUUCCAUCAUCAGAGGAGAACAUAUUGAUGACAACAUUUGAAGUGAAAGACAUUUUAUCACUAGAUGAACUCAAAAGGGAAUUCGAGCUUGUCGGUUUAACUGAGCUUUACAACCAGUAUGUGUCCUCACUGAUCUAACAGGGAACAGCAGGCGUACAUCGCAAACUGCACUGUAUGUGUGUUGCUUGACUAAACAGCUGUCUACAGCUUUGAUGGAAUUCCAUAUUUAUUUUCUUCAGAUGCUUGUAAGGUUUACAUUUUUAUGUACAGUAAAUUAAACUAUGAUACUGUAUUGCUUAAUAUAAGGACUAACAUACAUAGCAUGACCCUUUGAAGAGAAUGGGAAAUAUUCACAUGUUGUAUGAAACUUUGUGGGAAAAAAUCUAAUUUAUAGUAAGAGAAACUAUUUUGUGUUAAUCUGGCAUCGUUAUCUGCAAUGACAGAGUCUAAACUCUAGGGGGCAAACACAAGCUGUAGUUAAAGCAUCAGUUCAUUUAAAGUGAUAGUUCACCCAAAAAUAAAACUUCUGUCAUGAAUUCCUCAACAUCAAGUUAUUCCAAAUCUGUAUACAUUUUUUUGUUCUGUUCAUCACAAAGAAAGAUAUUUGGAAGAAUGUUAGCAACUGAGAUUUCUGGAGCACCCUUGACUACCAUUAAAAGGGUUGUCAAAGUAGCCCCAGAAGAGAUUGUUUUCCUAAAUACUUUAAAAUAUCUUUAGUGUUCAACAAAACCAAAAAACAAAAUUAUAUUUACUAUGGUAGUCAAUGGUUUCCCAGUUGCAAAAUCAGUUGCUAACAUUCUCCCAAAUAUCUUUCUUCCUGUUCAACCAAACAAAGAAAUGUAUACAUGUUUGGAACAACUUGAGGUUGAGUUUUUGUGUAAACUAUCCCUGGCAAAAUCCUUGAUCUUAUCUCCUACUUAAUAUGAGAACAAGCACUUAGUACAAAGUUUUCCUCAUAGCACUGAAUAUAUGGUGUCUUUCUUUCAUACAAUUAAGACAAAGUAAAUUUUUGAAGGAGUGUGGUUGGUGUGAAGAUCUUCUUUAAAUAAAACUUGUAAAUUGAAUCUGGCACACUCGCUGACCUAAACGGUUGGCUUUGUACGUCAAACAAAUGAAAACCCUUAAUUUAAUUUAUAUAGUUACUUUUGUCAGGUAGGUAAGCACGCAGGGUUUCAGUUCUUAAUUCAACUUUAAUUAAGAACACUGUUUUUAGCCUGCGUUUCAUACACCCACAUCCACAUGCUAUAUGUGAACGUGAUUGUCUGUCAUCUUGUGUAUUGUACAGACAUCUAGUGCCUGACAGGAAGGAGCAUUUGACAUGAAAUUACUUUUUUAGUGUAAUUAACAAGGCUUAAUGAAAAUCACCUUCUCGCCCUUUACAAUGAUCCACUCUGAACUAUAAAUUCACCUUGCUGACCUUUUCCCUGACAUGUUCUUACAAAACAACACUACUUGUUAAAUGUCAUCCUCUCAGUGGCAUUUACUUGUAUAAAACAGGGCUUUGAUCCACAAGAGAAGCACACUUUUCUACCUUCCCUAGGCCGCGAGGCCAAGCUCAGCGACCCUGUGCGCCUGUCACCUGUUGAAUAUUUUAAUUAUGGCCAAUUUAAACGAACAAAGGCCCGGUUGAACUUAAAACCUAUUGGCCGAAUGACAUUCUAAUUGUGCAAAUUGCAACUUUUAUACCUUGCUUUUCCUGUUCUUGCUAAAAUCACCAAUUUGGAAUUCUGUCCAGCUGCUUUCGAUUGGCAAAAUCAAUGCAGAGGCACGACCGCCACGGCCAACUGUGUUCAACCCUACCCACGUCAAUGCAGUAUGACCCCUGACCUGUUGAGGCACUCGACAGCAUGAUCUGAUGUCAACUGUACCUUACGACCAUACAGUGAAAGAGAAAUAAAUAGAUGCUGCUUAAUAAUAAUUGAUUGCGGUGCGUCAGGUUGACUCUCAUGGAUCAUUAUUACUCGUGUUAAUGCUCUGAUGCCAUCUGGUCGCAGAGAUUCACAUCUGUCUUUACCAGGCAUUAGUUUUGGAUUUAUCAUUAUUGAGCUCGUAUUCCCAAUUAUCAUACUAGCUAAGAUGCACUGGCUUGUUUGCAUGCAGAGACACACUCCGGAAUAAUGUGUCGCGUGAAUGCGAGACCCUCUCUUAAUUAAACUGGAGUACCGUGGAUGUUUUUUAGGUGAGUGAUAAAUCCGCUGUUAAUCAAGUCAACAAAACAGAAAGGAGUGUGUUGGCUUUAGUGCGAACACAUGGGGAGGAUGAACAUGGUGAUUUGGGAAAUAGCUUAUUGUCUUGGGCUUGGUUAAGACUUCUGUGUAAAUAUUUAAAGUUUUUCUCUAUUUUACUUUGACCUGUUUGUGUCUUUGCUUUAGACAGCUCUGAUACAAUCCUAGAAUAAUAGAUGCGAAAAUAUGAAAAAUGAGACCAAAGAUAACUUGUGUAGUAAAGUGUGAGCUUGUAUGAGGUGUGGAUGAACAGAAGAGGGUGAUGUUGUGCUGUUGAGAACACACGUGUACACACGUCAAAUGUGAUUUCUUUCGGGUAAUCCUCAGUGUAACAAACACGUUACCCAAAGACAGACUGCUGCGAAGAAAGUUAGGAAAAGAAUACAAAAAAGGAGCACAAAAACUGCGAUGAGGUUUCUGACCGAUAUUAAAGAUAAAUGUGCAAAAUGUGUAGGUGUCAGGUUAUCACAUUUUUGGCCCCUCCUUCUUUCCCAUCUGCCCACCGUCUCUUUGUUGUUGUCAUUUACAGCUAACCUUCUCAAAUCCAGUGACGUGUGUGGAAAUCACAGUGAUCUGACAAGCCAUGCAGUAGAGAGCCACAGAUGGGUCCAAAGCAAAUGUCCCUAAUGGUACAGAUACUGUAUGUCUGCAUAUAGAGAAUUACAUUUAUUCUUUAAAUCUCUCCAUCUAAAGGAUCUGACAGGUGUAAGAGGCCUAUCAGGUGUGUCCGUUUCUGGGGACAUCUACUACUUGUUGAUGUGUGUUUGUUGUUUUUAAUGUUGCCCUAUGUAAGAUUAAACAACAAAGGUGACCGUGCAUUUGCCAAAACUUUGUAAUAAUCUGCCUUUACAUUUUGGAAAAGCCAAAACACUAACUAUUUUUAAAUCCAGUUAAAAAAACUUUUUUAUAGCUUAGCGUUUAACUCUGUGUGAGAGCUGCUAUUUUUAUUUCAUUUUAUUCUAUUUACUCUUAUCUUACUUGCAAACUUUUUAAUAAUUCGUCUUUUUGAUUUUCUUAUAUUGUAUUGCUUAUGCUUUUACAGCAGAACUUGUUGUUCUGAAAAGUGCUUUAUAAAUAAAGCUGGCUUGACUUGA